UGCCUUUGUUCUGAAUUAUGUCAUUGGGAGGUUAUCACCUGAUGUUUGUCCCGUGAUGAGGAAGUAUAAAGAGUAACAGUUUGAACGUGAGCCUCAGGAGAGUGACAACAUGGGAGCUGUUCGAGUGAUGAGGUUUGGAAUUCUGGCAGCGGGAUGUGACCCGGAGAAGAUGGCGGCCAUCCUGUUCAUCUGCUCCUUGUUCUUUCUGAGUGCUUUAGGAAGUCAACCGACACCCUGCAGUUCACCGGAUCUCCUGGAAGGUCAGAAGACUCUUUUCUACGAAAGCACAAUUGAGGCUUGGGAGAAAUUCUCUUACGACGCUGUUCAAAAGAGGAUUUUCGCCUUCAAAACAAAAUGGUUUCCGAACGGCACGAAGCUGGAAACGAUGGAAUUCCUGCUAUUUCAGGAGUCCAUCCGAUACCAGUUCUAUCCUCAGAGCAGGACCUGUGUGAAGUCUGAUCUCCACACUCCAUUCCAGCCCAUCGCAAUUCCCUCUAACGCGACAUUCCUCGUUCAGAUGUAUGUUGGUGGGACCUCGGGACCACAGGAGGGGUUGCUGGUCAAUGUCUGGAGUGUUGAGACUGGCCACGGUGAUCCCUACAUUUUAACCUUCACUGCAUUUGGAUGUCUCCCAAUGUCCAUUAACUACCACUGUAAAGAGAAGGGCUGGAUUGUCGAAACGGCCAGCAGUAUGACGACAGGGAUCAGUGAUCCGAAUGUGUUUGUCCCUCCAGCAGAGUGCUCUGAGCUCAACUGAGAAUAUUCUCUCUUGGAGGCAAUACACAAACAGAAUUUAUACAACUCUAAUAAAGAACAGUUACCCUGCUGAGUAAAAACUGGCUCUGUACGGUUACACGGCGAGUGAGCCUUACCCUGCUGAAUAAACACUGUACCUUGUACGGUUACACGGCGAGUGAGCCUUACCCUGAUGAAUAAACACUGUACCUUGUACGGUUA